AUGUUCAUCUAUAUUAAUUUCAACUUACGUAAACGUUUUAAAAAUGAAGAAACAAAUAUAAAAACGAAUGAAAAUGACGAUGAACAUUUUGAUGAUAUACUGGAAUCAAUUUAUAUUGAAAAACUUCUUUCAAUACUUUCAAUAUGUCAUUCAUCACUAGAUUCAUUACCAUCAAUACCAUUAAAUUCUUCAACAAAAUUUCUUGCUGCAUCAAUAACAUCAACAAAUCAAUAUUCAUCAUUUAUACAUAAAACAAUACAUUUAAAUAUAAAUGAUCUAAUAUCUGUUGAUGAUAUUAAUAAUUUAAUAAUAUAUUCAAAUUAUUUAUCAAAUCAAACACAAAUACCAUCAAUACAAUGUACUUAUGACCAAAGACAAUCAUUAAAUAAUACAAUGGGUAUAUGUUCAAUAAAUUUAUCAUCACAAUGUCAAAUAACAUGUUCGAAUCCAAAUGCAACAUCACCUGAAAUAUUAAUACAAUCAAAUAAUAAUCUUCAAACAACAAUAACAUCAUUAUCACGUCGUUUACGUUCACCACCAUGGUCAUAA